AUGGCCUCUCGCAUCGUCUCUCGCCGUUUCCUCUCCACCACUGCUCGCCGUUUCCAGGAGCACCAGAAGUCUGAGCUCAAGAAGGAGUCCCAACGCAACCCCGAGAUUCUGAUUCUCGGUGGUGUUAUGGUUGCUGCUCUUGGCGGUGCUGGUUACUACUUUGGCCGAUCGCCCACUGGUUCUACCUCCGAGUCUCCCGUUGCCAUCGCUACUCACCCCUGGGAGAGUGGCAGCUCUGGCAAGUACCAGUACCACCCCGGUGGUGACCUCAGCCAGGCCCCCAAGGACGCUCCUAGCGCCCUCAACGUUGUCGUUGUUCCCAACGUCACCCUUCCUUCCGAGCUUCACGACAAGUACAACAAGUGGGGUAAGGACGGAUACCCUUAA